UAGUACCACCUCCACUCGAUCUCUAAAUAUCGCAUACAAUAGUAUCGUUUAUAUCUGAAGUUAUGUCAAGCGAUCUUAACGAAUAUACCAACAGCGAGGAUUACGAGAUUGUGCGUAAGAUUAGCACUGGCAAACACGCAGAUCUAUUUGAGGGUGUCCAUAUACCAGAUUUUACGAGACGUAUCCUCAAACCCGCCAAAGAAGUGGGGAGAGACACGAUAGAGCGGGAAAUCAAUAUUCUUCAUUCCCUUAGAGGGGGCGUUAAUAUCCUGUUGCUAUAUGGUGUAAUCCGAAAUGGUCCGCUGGAACCACCAUCCUUGGUCCUCGAAUACGUGGAAAACAUCGACUUCCGACGUUUAUAUCCUACAUUUAGUAGUGACGAUAUCCGAUACUACAUCAAAGAGCUUCUGAAAGCCCUCCAGUUUUCCCAUAGCAAAAGCAUAAUGCACAGAGACAUUCGACCUCACAAUAUCAUGAUUGACCCUACUGAGCGAAAGUUACGUUUACUCGGCUGGGACUACGCAGAAUUUUAUGUGCCCAGCUCGUUAUAUAGCGUCCGCGUUGGCUUGGGUUUCAACAGAGCCCCCGAAUUGUUAUUAAAUCACGAAAGGUAUGACUGUGGCGUGGACAUGUGGAGUUUAGGGGUCCUUCUUGCUUCUAUGAUCUUUCGAAAAGAGCCAUUCUUUCAUGGAGCGAGCAAUUCACUUCAGCUUCAAAGAAUUGCCAGAGUAUUGGGUACCAAGGGUCUACUUAAUGUUGUGGAGAAAUAUGACAUAGAUACCACUCCAGAUGGCUUUGACGAUAUUCCACACUUCGAAAAGACACCCUUGCAGAACCUCUUCAACGAAGAUAAUGAGAAAUACGCAAGCAUUGAGGCGAUAGAUCUCUUAGAUAAAUUGCUUCGGUGGGAUCAUGCAGAAAGAAUAACUGCUAAUGACGCCAUGUCACAUGCAUACUUUAGCUAAGCAAUAUUUUAGCUGCUAAAAUAUUCAGCUUCAUCUACAAUUGAAUUUCAGGAAGAAUAAAGAUUUAGCAGUUGGGCAAAUAUGCGCGUCGAUAACCUUUCUGAGGUUUAUGCUUGUUCCAUUUUUAUCGGCCGCAUCCACAACAAAACUCCAAGUUUGCGUUGUGUGCUGUUUAUCUGACGUAUUUGACUCGGACCUAUUAUCGGAUAUCGAUUAUUAUUUGAACCGUUCAUAGGAUCGAUAGGAAUUGGCCCAUUACCUCUAUUAUAAUAAUACAUAUUUCGUAAACGGUACGGAAUUAAAGCUAGG